UCUAAUUGCUUCUUUAAUUCUGAAAUUUGCUUCAGGUGCUUUGCAUUUUGCAGAUGCUGCUUUAUGUCUGCAAUUUGAUAUCUUGCUGAAGCAUGUCCUCUUCAGACACUUUCUGUUUGCUGUUUCUUUCUUGAACUAAACUUUUUUUUAGGGUUUAACUCGUCAGAUCCGUCUAUAAGAUAAGCAGACUGUUGGUUAGUUGCUGCUCAUGGUUUGAUUUGGGCGGAUGAGUGUUUUUUCAGUCUAAGCGGAACAUUAGCCUUUAAGUUGCCCCAAAAGUAAAGGUGAGACCUCUAAAAGAGACUUCCUGUUUACUCACUCUAUCACCUCCUAUAAUUCGAAAGGUUUCAUUUUUUCCAGCAGCUAAUGUCUGUCUUUAACAGAAUCAUAAAGAGUUUUCAAUAGUCUGAGGCAAGCGGAUGGUGAGACCUGUAAACAAAUACAGUACGUCUGAUGAUAAAUGAGGCUUUGCACAGCAAGUAUCGAAAUCAGGUUCAAGGAAGCUUUAAGGAAACACCAUUGUCCUGAUUGGUAGGCUGUGCAGUCAGCGUCAGGCAAGAGAAGGAGUUGGAAGGUUGCAGUGUUGAGAUCAAAUGGUAGCUUUACGAGGGAGGCCUCUCGGUCGGCCUCAGUGUGGAACUCAGCAGGGCAGACCAUCACGUGUUGGGCCUUUUGUCUGGGUCUGGGAAUUGGUCAUGUCUGGGAUAUAGUCGGUUAACCAAUACACCACUCUCAGAAGGGAACCAGAAUUGGCCACACUUGAUUGGAUCAUGGUUCCCAAUGGGAUCACUGCCCACUGGCUGGUGGUCUGGGACAACAAGAACCUCAGCUGCUGACUUGCUUUAGGUUUGGGUUACAACAAACACUUGUAAAAGUAAUGAUGACCAAUGAUGUGACAAGAAGGAAGUGUGUGCCCCAAGGUUACUUGGCUGUUAUGUGUCCUGAGUACCUCUGCCACAGCGCUCUGUGUGAAGAGGAAAUCCAGUGCACUACUUGGAAACAUUACGCUUUUCCUGUGAGUCACAGCAUUAUGGCUAAAGAAAAAAAAAAAAAAAAAGUUAACCAACUACAUGGCAGUGCAGAAAUAGCGUGCACACACACACACACACACACACACACACACACACACACACACACACACACACACAUAAGGAGACGUUUCAUCAUUGGAGUGUACAUCACAGCUCCUCAAGUUGAAAUGGGAAUUCACAAUAAAGACUGUAAGUAUGAGAACAUGGAGCGAGUGGUAAAAGCCUGUGUGAGAGAUGCUCAAUACAGAGGAGCGUUCAGACUGACUGCACUGUGUCUGGGUCUGAUGUGUCUUCUUCAGGCGACUCUCAACAUCGUUUUAAGACUGCACUUUACUGAGAAGUUCCAGAGCAACGACACCAGACUGGGUGAAGUGAGAGGCCAGCUCCAGAGAGAGAAAGAUGAACUCCAGGAAAGGCUUUUCAACUUUAGUACAGCUGAGGAUAUCAGGAUGGGGUGGGUCCGCUUCGGGUUCAGUAUUUACCACAUGUCUACUGAGCACAAGAACUGGACUCAGAGCAGAGACGACUGCGCAAAGAAAAAUGCAAACCUCGUGAUCAUAACAAGCAGAGAAGAACAGGAAUUCAUUGAGACGUUUAGAAAAUCAAAAUCAGCUUGGAUUGGUUUGAGUAAACAAAACACAGAGGGCUUGUGGAAAUGGGUGGACGGUACACCACUGAAAACUACUUUCUGGUGGAUUCAAGAGCCAAACAAUUUUACUGGAGAUGAACAUUGUGUUGAAACUGGUUACAGUCCUGAAAAUAGAAGACCAGUGGAUGAUGACCUUAACACAUGGAACGAUAAUACAUGCAGUGCCAAGAUAUUUUACAUAUGUGAGAAAACCAUUUCCAUUUAAAUCUCUGUGAAGAGAAAUGGACUGUAAACCAGUAGAGCAAAAACACAUUCCAAAUUAUUUCACUUCACUGUGUGUCAUUUUAUAUUAGCUACAGCCAUUAGUGUUUCUAUAUUACUAGCAUUUUUUCAUAAGCGUUGUAAUAUUUUCUUAAAGUUUAUUUGUUUGAUUCCUUUUUUCAUAUCUGACUUUUUUUAUUAUUAUUAUUAUUCUUGCUUUCAAAUAAAUGCAUUCUGUCUUAGUUGAUGAUAAGUAACUUUGCAAAGAAAACACAUGCAGUUCACUUCUUUUAAAGAAAAAAAUAAGAUUAUACUUUAUAUGAUUAUAAGAUUAUAUGUCGGUGGAACAGGUAAUAUCGUCUAUUCUAAUGUAUACCAUACAGACAAGUUUUGGGACAUCUGACUUUUCCAGCCAUAUCAGAUUCCUCCCUGGACUGUUACCACCAAUUUUAAGGCACAUAAUUGUAUAGGACGAACUUGAGGAACUUAAACAAGGAAACCCAAACCUGUGUACAAAUCCAGCUCCAUCAUAAUAUGCCCUACAACCUUAAUUUUUCAUGCUGACUGAACCCCGGAAUCACCUGAGACUGAACUGAACUACACUUCAUGCUUCCCUCUGCUGACCAGCUUUAUGGAGAUUCUGAUUUUAAAUUCCAACAAGACUUGGCACCUGCCCACACUGCCAAAAGUACUAAUACCUGGUUUAAGGACCAUGGUAUCCAUGUGCUUGAUUGGCCAGCAAACUCUCCCAACCUGAACCCCAUGGAGAAUUUAUAGGAUAUUGUAAAGAGGAAGCUAUGAGACACCAGACCCAACAACAUAGAAGAGCUGAAGGCCGCUAUCAGAACAACCUGGGCUUCCAAACCAAGUCAGCAGCGUCACAGACCGAUCGCCUCCAUGCCACUGCAGUAAUUCAUGCAAAGGGAGCAAUGACCGAGUAUUGAGUUCUGUACAUUUCCAUACUUUUCAGUAGUCCAACAUUUAUGUGUUAAAAAAAUCCUUUUUACAAUUUUUUUUUUUUUAAAUUGGUCCUAAGUAAUAUUCAAUUUUUCUGUCAAAAUAAAUUUUGGGUUUUGAUUAUAUGUGAGCCAUAAUCAUCAAAAUUAAUGGAAAUAAACACUUGAAAUAUA